AUGCCGGCAGUGCGAACCCGACCGCGGGACGUAAUCAUCCGCGUCCCAAAGGCGGAACCGUAUAGCGCCGAACACCUCAAGCAACAGCAGCAACAGCAACAGCAGCAACAGCAGCAGCAGCAGCAGAGCACGGAUGCCGUCUCGGUCACGACUGCAGCCAACGGCACCACCACCGUCACGCCUUCGUCGUCGUCGUCGGCCUCGACCGCGCAGCAGCAGCAGCCGCUGGUCGGCGUACCCCUGGAUGGCGGGUCCAAGUCGGCCUCGGUGACGGCACCCGAAAAGACGACGGAUCCGGCCACGGCCAUUGCGGCCGCCUCGUCCCUUGCCCAGGGCGGCGAGUCCCAACCUGCAUCCACACUCGCCGCCGACGCUCAUGCAGCAACAGCAGCGGCGGCGCGAGACGGGAAAAGCGGCAGCGGCGGUGAGGGCAAAGGCGACGAUGCGACCGCGGAGAAGCAAGACGAGGGCGAGGGAAAGAAGAACGCUCCCACCUUGAGCCUGGUCCUGGCGGGGCGAGAGGAAAGCGAGGCGGUACCCCUCAGCAAGGCGUCGACGAGCUCGGCCGAGUGGAACAGCCUCCUCAUCUGGGCGAGGAGGCAGAGAGGUCCCCAGUGGGACUCGGCCACCGCAGUUUGGCAAGUGGACAAGUACAGCGAGGAAUACUACAGUUUCUGCAACGACCCAUCCCAAUCGACGCACCACCAAUCGGGCCAAUCCUCUUCCUCAGGACCGGGUGCAAACAACGGUGAUGGCACAGCCUCUGCUGCACAAGAACCACAGGCGCCCGGCGGCGCUGACGGCGGCGAGGCGGGAUCGGCACAGGCUCAGCGACACCAGAACGGCGACGAGGGCGACGACGACGACCGCGGUCCGCUGCCACGUUCCGCACGCAAUGGCACGACAGCGGCGGCGGCGGUGGGUGGGGCGGGCAAAGAGGAGAGCCCCCCGCCUGUUGCGCACGGUCGUUCGGCCAGGUUGCUGCGCAGAUGA